GUUUCCACUCACAAAAAGACAAACAAUGGCAGACACUCAGAUCAAGAUGACGACGACCGCGGAGGUCUCGGUCUACGCAUGCGCGCCACAGACUGUGUGGGCAAUGACCACCCUCAAGGCGCCGACGUUUGAGAACAUUCGCCGGCCGACCCUCGACAUUGUCGCCGUGAUUGACAAGUCCGGCUCGAUGGCAGGCACCAAGCUCGAGCUCGUCAAGAAGACGCUCGAGACGCUUGUGGCGCAGCUGCGCGCCUGCGACCGACUCGCACUGGUGACGUAUGACACGGAGGUCACCCUCGACCUGGCGCUCUCCCCGAUGGACGACAAGGGCCGCAGCAAGGCCACCCAGGUUGUCAAUGGCAUCCGCGACGGCUCGUCCACCAAUCUGUCGGGCGGCCUCCUCGAAGGCCUGAACAUUCUGCGCAACCGACCCACCGACAGCCGUCGCGAGGUCUCGUCCGUGCUCCUCCUCACCGACGGCCUUGCCAACGUCGGCAUCUCCACCACCGAGGGCAUCAUUGCCGCCAUGGGCGCUGUGGCCGCUGCUGCCGCGCCAGAGUCGUCAUCCUCAUCGCUUGCGACGACGCUGCGCCGAGCUUCCCUGUCCAACUUUUUCCGCCGCAAGAGCCCUACCCCCGAGCAGCAGCAGCAGCAGCAGAAGACCGAAUCCGACAGUCCCGUUGCUCGCCCUCCAACCAACCUUGUCGAGGGCUGCACCGUCUACACGUUCGGCUACGGCUCGGAUGCCGACUCGAACAUGCUCAAGGCCAUUUCUGACGCUGGCAGCGGCACGUACUACUUUAUCGAGAACAAGGACACUGUGGCCACCUCGUUUGGCGACUGCCUCGGUGGCCUGGUCUCGGUCUGCGCGCAAAACCUCGCGCUCGAGCUCCGUGUGCCGAACGGCUGCAAGCUGCGCAAGAUCCACGCCCGCAACCCCGUCGAGUUCAAGGAGGAGAACAUGUGCGCGGUUGUCCGCCUGGCCGAUUUGCAGAGCGAGGAGCGUCGUGACAUUGUUGUCGAGAUUGACCUGAGCGAGGCCUCGCCGUCCGCCAAGCAGCUCGUGCUUUCCAGCAGCCUCGAGUAUCUCAAUGUCAUCACCAUGAAGAUGGACAAGGUGUACGAGACCCUGACGGUCGAGCGUGCCACCAAGCUGCCCUCGAACAUUUCCAAGAGCACCGAGGUUGACGUGCAAAAGUGCCGCGUCGUUGCUGCCGACGCCAUCGAGCGUGCAGCUGCCAAGGCUGCCGCUGAAAGCUCCGAAGCCUCGUUUGCCGCCGCUCGUGCCAUUCUUGACGCUGCCCUGGCCAUUGUGCGCGCCUCGCUCACCCCCACGGAUCCCUACAUUCUGGGCCUGAUCAAGGACCUCGAGCGAUGCCGCACUGGCGUCGAGAGCUUUACUGCGUACAACUCGUACGGUGGGUCUGAGAUGACGUCGCGUGGCCAAUCCCACUGGGCGCAGCGUUCCAACAAGGCCGAGUCGUCCAUGUACGUCAGCUCUGCCAAGUCCGCCAUGCGCAGCCUCUUUUAAAAACAUCACGCCUGUGUUUUGUUUUUUUGGAUGCGGUGAUGAUGAGAAGAGGUGUGUUGUUGAUUUGUGUUUUGAGAGAUUUUAUAGAUUGAUUUGUGCUUUGUACUUGUAGUCGAUUUGCUGUUUCUGACAUGUUCAUUAAAAUUUCGAUUUGAUUUUUGU